UCGGUAAGUCUGCCCUCCUGCCUUAUCAAUUUGUCCAGUGAGGACCGGGAUAUCCCCCACCGGUCCAAAGGGGGGGGGGUAAUUUGGUAUGAGGUCGCUGGAAGGCUCUGGCUUCAGGGAGAGCGGCCGCCUCUCCCGAGCUCUUACCCCAGUAGGCCGCACGUGGAUUCCUGCUUCCCUAGCUCCGACGGGCUCCGGGGUGGUAUCAGUCGGUUAAGUGGUGCACCCCCGACGUGGAUGGUGCACCCCAGAGGGUCCUUGGGCUGUGUAGCCGCUGCUUUUGCCCCAGAUUUUGCCCGCUGUGCAGGAGCUCGUGCUGUACACGUCUGCACAGCUCGGUGGUCAGGCUCCGCCCCCCAGAGAUUUAAUUUUUUAACCUUUCUUUAUAACUAAAAUGCUCCAUCUCUUUGAUCAAUUUUGCAUUUCUGCACUUUUUCUAGUGCCAUGAUAUCCAUCUUUAGUACAGGUGCCUAAAAAUGAACAGCAUAUUUAAGGUGUGGUCUUACCAGCAAUUUAUUAAGAGGCAAAAUUAUAUUUUCAUCCCGAGAAUUUAUGCUAAUUAUACAUGACAAAACCUUACUGGCCUUAGCAACUGCAAAUUUGACAUUGCAUAUUGCUGCUUAAUUUGUUGUCUAUAGCAAUUCCCAAAUCCUUCUCGUGUGUUGUUAUCCCUAAUCCACUAACAUUAGGGUGUAAGUUGCUUGGGUAUUCUUUACCCCAAAGUGCAUAACUUUGCAUAUCUCUACAUUAAAUUUCAUCUGCCACUUUAGUGCUCAGUCCCCCUAUCUAUCUAAAUCCAUCUGCAGCAAAGCAAUAACCUGCUCACAUUGAAUUAUUUUACAAAGUUUUGUGUCAUCUGCAUCACUAAAACAUGGCUUUCAAUGCCUAUUGCAAGAUCAUUUAUAAAUAUGUUAAAUAGAAGCAGUCCCAAAACAGAACCCUGAGGGACACCACUUACCACUUUUGUCCAGCUUUAAAUUUACCAUUAAUGACAACUCAUUGUACUCUAUCCUUUAGCCAAUGUUAGAUAAGUAAAAGAUUCAGAUUAUGAUAAAUAUACAGCAGAUAUAUAAAUGAGUAACAGUGGCAUACGUGUUAAAACAAAUUAGAUACAUGAAUACAAUAAUAAAAGAUAACGCAUUGUAGAAUUUUUCUAUUUUAAAACUUACAUAUUUGCAUGCUAGAUUGAAGAAAAAUUUAAAGAUAUAUGUAUAUAUAUAUAUAUAUAUAUAAAAUUAUGUGCAAAGAUAAUUCCAAAAUUAGAAUUGUGAUACAGUAUAUAUAUAUAUAUAUAUAUAUAUAUAUAUAUAUAAAUAAAAAAUGAUCAUUUCUGACACUCUUCACCAAGAAACAAAAAAAAUAAAUGGACCAAGGUGCUAUCACAGCGCAAUGUAAAACCAUGCAAAAAAUGGAUAUAAACAAUUUAAUUAUGUUAAAAUAAUAUAUAUAAAAAUACAUUUAAAAAAAAAAGGUAUUUUUGUAUAUAUAGGAAGCAGAUAAAUAACGCUAUUUUAUUAAAAUGUAUUUAGGCUAAAAUCUGCAUUUAUACUCUUGGAAAUAAAGUUUUAAACAAAAAUGUCAUUUAAUUUCUCUUCUUCCUAAGAUUUUUUUAAUGUUGCCUCCCCACCAUAGUAUGGUACAUUUAUCUAUGGCUUAACAUUUUUUUAAAAAUUGUGUGUUUUGUUGUGAAAGAAAAGUGUUUAGAUACCAUGCUAUUCAUAAAACUUUUGCUAUUCUUCAUUUUAAACAUCUUGUGGUCAUUCCCAAAUAUUGUUGCCCACAAGGGCACUCCAAUACAUACAUAAUGUUUUUUGCAUUACUUGUAAUACAAUUACUUUUUUUUUCUUUUUUUGUAUUGUUUGGUUUAUAUUUGAUAAUGUUAUUAUACAUUAUAUCAGUAUUUGUGAAGGCAAUGCCUGUUUUACAUUUGAAGAACCCUAGCUUAUCUAAAAAACAUUUUUUAUAAUUGAUUUGUUUUCUUGUGUAAAAACAAUUACACCAUUUUUGUUUUCUCAGGUAUAAUAUCUUUUAAAAGGUCUUCUUCUUUUAACAUAUUCCAAUGUGUAUUGAUAAUGUUUUUCAUUCUAUUGCUUGUAUUGGUAUAGUCUAGAUUCACCAGUAGUAUUAUAUCUUGUUCAUCAUUCUUUUUUAAGAGCGUAUUCCUAUAUGGAUUACCUAUAUUCUAGAUUAGGGUAUCUAGAUUAUUAGAAUUAUUUUCAACUAGUUGAUCUUUUAAAAAAUAGCUUGUUCUUUAAAAGUACUAAAAAUAGUGCAAUUUAUUUUCAAUCUUAACAGCAGGCUUCUGGGUAACAGUGGAGGAUAAUGGCAGGUAGUAAGAUUUAUUAAUGUAUCUGUGUGUACCUUCUAAAAAUACUUAAAUAGUGUUUCACUUUAAAACAGUAACGCCUACCUUUGUGACUUUGGACUUCUCUUCACCAUAAACUCAUAGUGACGGUUGCCCCGGGCUAGCUGGGGGUUGGACCAUCAACAGAUGCUCCUAGUGCUUACCAAGGACCAUCAGCACCGCACCAGACACCAUAAGCACUGCAGACCCCAUGAACCUCCGCAGCUUGGUUGGGGUCUCGCCGUCUCCUACCCACCCUGGACCUAAGACAAGGCUCCAGGCUCCAGUGGGUGAACCUCUCUUCCUUCAGAGGCUACACAAGAGCUCAGUGAAGCUAAGGGAGUAUACAGAGUAUAGCAAUCCCUGUAGUGAUUAUAGCUGUCCUCUCCAAACACAAUUUAAGGCUGCGAGUUGAGGGUUUAAUGGUACAGCUGCUUCUUUUAUACAGUAUUUCCCCACAAGGUUACCGCCCCCCGUGGACCUUGUGGGGCACAAGACAUGAAAUGCACAAUCCAAUAAAAACAGAGUUUUACAUUUGAACACUCCCAGUUACUGUACAGAAACCCUCCCCUCUGCCUGUGAUACAGUUAACAAAGACAAUGGACUAACUCAAUUACCCACAGGCAGAAAACACUAAUUUUUACCCAAAGUACAGAAACACCCCAAAACUCCAACAUAUCCCCAUAAAUUAUACAUCCCUGGAUAGCCCUGAUCUGGAUGAACAACAUAUCAAAAAAUCACCCAGAUCAGAGCAGGGGUUCAAAAGUUUUAUGGAAAUCUUUUUUGACCGACCGCAGGCAUGGCUCUCAGCCCAAAAUAGUUCCACAGAUUUAGGCUGUGCGGCUGGUCUAUUUCCAAUGCUAAGUUCAAUGUGAAUUCACGAACGCGGGCCGUUCGUGCAAAUAGCCAAGGUUAAAGUGGCAUUCAAAUCGUCGAACACCGUUCGACUCCCGUCGAAGCGGCGAAGUUCUGGAGAAGGUAAAGUUCAGCGGGGUUCGUGCCAUCGCGUGUCCAAUUUGAGUUCCAUGAACUUGACGACCAAGCACCGCUGAAUGUGUUCAACUAAACAAGAUGGCCGCCGUCACGUGUUCGACUAUACAAAUGGCAACCACUCAGCAGUUUGUCAAUUAGCUGCAGCUAACCACAGCUUCUGGGGGGUAAACAAGCAGCACACUCCACUUGCAGGUGGUCCGGCUGUUCGACAGUUUGUUCGGUAAACCCCAUUUACCGAACUACAUAGGAAAAAGCCACAAACCAGCAUUUUCACAGACUUGGGACAAAGUUUUAGACAUGGCCCAUAGUCCUGGGGCAAGAGGCUGGCAAUCAGGCCUCUCCAAAAACCAGUGCCCAAGUGUAGUUCGUCACACUCAUGCUUGCAAGACUUCUCGUCGGCUGCUCCUCUCCUCUGGAACAGCCUGCUUACUCCCAUCAAACUCUCCUUUAGUCAUCAGUCAUUUAAGAAGUCCCUCAAAAUCCAUCACUUCAGGAUAGAUUAUGGCCUUUCAUAGUAAUUCUCACUUAAAGGUCUACACUACACUCCAAAGUUAUGAUCCUGUUACUUUACACAUGAUUGCUUGGUUGCUACCCACCAUGUUGCCUUCCUCUUGUGCUUUUAUACCCCACCUUCUAGAUUGUAAGCUCAUUGGAGCAGGUUCCUCAUAAACAAUUUGUUCAUGUAACAUUUUGUAUUGUUUUAUUUCCCCUUUAUGAUAUUGUAAAGCAGAAUAUGUUGUCACUAUAUAAAUGAGGAUGAUAAUAAUUAGAUAAAUUAAAUUCUAUGUGUAUAUGUUUUAUUUAUAUUUAAUUAGAUUAUAUUUGUUAAUUAUAUAUUGGAAGACCUGACUGACAACCCAGGCAGAAAUUCCAGAGAAUUUAAUUUGCAAGCUAUAAAUAUAAAUUUAAAUAUAAAUAUAAAUAUAAAUUUAAAUUUGCUUGUAGUUCCGCUUGGCGAGGCUCUUUGAAUAAGGCCAAGCACUGUCUUAUUGCUUUGUCGAAGGCUCCUUCUUCACCCUCGGCAAAAAAAGGGAAAUUUGGGGCAAAAGAAGGGAAAUCCACUAUUGGUUGGGAUAUGUUAUAAACCACCUAAUGUUAAUAUUGAUGAGGAACAAUAGUUGUUUGAGCAAAUUGAGAAAGCUGCAAAUCUGGGUAACACUUUAAUUAUUAUAGAUUUUAAUUACCUGGACAUAAAUUGGGACAGAGGGACUAGUAGCUCAGCAAAGGGAACUAGGUUUUUGAACUUGUUAAAUGACACCUUCAUGUCACAACUUGUAAAAGCACCAACUAGAAAGGACGCUUGUCUGGACCUGGUUUUAACAAACAACGUUGAUCUUUUGACCAGCAUUCAAGUAGGUGAGCACUUGGGAAAUAGUGAUCACAAUAUAGUGUCCUUUGAAAUAAACUAAAAAAAAACAAAAGCACGUGGGGUAUACUAUAACAUAUCAUUUUAAAAAGGCCAAUAUAUAUUGCUAUCCAAGUUAAGGGCAUCUUUACAAUAUUGACUGGCAUAAACUCUAAAGUGAAAAGAACACUGAGGAUAAAUGGAACAUCUUCCAACAAAUAUUAGAAAGGUACAUUUCUCAGUAUGUACCAUUGGGUAAUAAAUAUAAAGAAACAAAUGAUAGCCAAAGAGAGCAAAACCAACCCCAAUGCAUUCUUUAAGUACAUAUAUUCUAAAAAAAAUAAAGAAAUAAAAGUGUAUGCAUAUUAAAAACUGGAAUGGGAGUGUUAGUUAAUGAAGACCAGGAAAAGGCAGGUAUUUUAAAUAACUAUUUCUCCUCUGUAUAUAUUAAGGAAGAACCCAUGGCAAUAGAUGUGCAAAUGAUUUCUGCUAAAAACUUGCAGAAUAAUUGUAAUUGGUUAACUCAAGACAAGGUGCUUCAGCAACUAAAGAAAGUUAAUAUAAACAAAGCUCCAGGGCCUAUCGGUAUUCAUCCAUGAGGAACUAAGUGUAGAAAUAAGUGAACCUCUGUUUUCAAUCUUUCAAGAUUAUUUUAUUUCAGGACGUGUUCCGGAGGAUUGGAGGAAGGCAGAUGUGGUUCCUAUAUUCGAAAAGGAUUCAAAAUCCUUGCCUGGAAAUUAUAGACCUGUGAGCUUAACUUCUGUGACUGGGAAAAUAUUUGAAAGGUUAUUAAGGGAUAAUAUUCAAGAAUUUCUUGAGAAGAACAUGGUUAUCAGCAAAAAUAAGCAUGGUUUUAUGAAGCACAGGUCAUGUCAAACUAACUUGAUUGCAUUCUACGAAGAAGUAAGUAGAAGUAUAGAUCAGGGUGUUGAAGUGGAUGUGAUCUAUUUGGACUUUGCCAAGGCAUUUGAUAUAGUUCCACACAAUAAAUUAGUGUUCAAACUCAAGGAAAUUGGUCUAGAUGAAAAUGCUUGUUCUUGGGUAGAACAUUGGCUUAAAAAUAGAGUACAAAGAGUUGUCAUUAAAGGUAAAUUUUCAAGCUGGACAGAGGUGGCAAGUGGUGUCCCUCAGGGUUCUGUUCUGGGACCCCUUCUAUCUAACAUGUUUAUAAUUGAUCUUGAAAAAAAGCAUUGAAAGUCAUGUUUCAGUGUUUGCAGAUGACACAAAACUCUGUAGAGUAAUACAAUGUGAGCAAGAUAUUACUUUGCUGCAGAGGGAUUUAGAUAGACUGGGGGACUGGGCACUCAAAUGGCAGAUGAAAUUUAAUGUUGAAAAAGUUAUGCACUUCGGCAUAAAGAAUGGAAGCAAAUUAGGGAUAACAACACACUAAAAGGACUUGAGAAUUGUUAUAGAUGACAAACUAUGCAACAAUGUCAAUCAGCAGUGGCUAAGGCUAGUAAGGUAUUGUCAUGCAUGAGAAAGGGCAUUCGUUCUCGGGAUGAGAAUAUAAUUUUGCCUCUUUAUAAAUCACUGGUAAGACCACAUAUUGAAUAUGCUGUGCAAUUUUGGUCACAUGUUCUAAAGAAGGAUAUUAUGGCACUAGAAAAAGUGCAGAGGCGGGCUGCAAAAUUAAUAAAAGGAAUGGAACAUAUCAGCUAUGAAGAAAGGUUAACAAAUUUAAACCUUUUUAGUUUAAAAAAACGUCGCCUGAGAAGGGAUAUGAUAACAUUAUACAAUUAUAUUUUGGGCCAAUACAAACCAUUGUGUGGAUAUCUAUUCACAAACCGGACUCUACAUAGGACACAAGGUCAUAUGUUUAGACUGGAAAAAAAUAAGAUUUUGUCUAAGGCAAAGGAAAUGUUUUUUUACUGUAAGAACAAUAAGGAUGUGGAAUUCUCUGCCUGAAGAAGUGGUUUUAUCGGAGUCCAUGCAGAUGUUCAAGCAGCUGCUAGAUGCAUACUUGCAAAAACAGAAUAUUCAAGGAUAUAAUUUUUCAAUGUAGGGUAAUAGCUGCUUGAUCCAAGGAUAAAUCUGACUGCCAUUCUGGGGUCAAGAAUUAUUUUUUUUCCAAUUUGUUGCAAAAUUGGAAGUGCUUCAAACUGGUUUUUUUCCCCUUCUUUUGAGUCAACAGCAAAAAACAAAUGUGAGGAUAGCUGAACUUGAUGGACGCAAGUCUCUUUUCAGCUAUGUAACUAUAUAACCCUCUGAUUGUGGGACAGCUGCCUCAUUUCUUUGCUUGUUGUACUCCAUAAGAUUGGCAAUCAGGUCGGCUUUGUUAUGGUUGCUGGCCGAUUUCCCUCUUGCUUCCAGCAAGUCUUUUAGGGUUUACCUUUUUAGGGAUAGUCCAUGGGUCUGUUGGCAUAGCGGACCCUGGGCAACCCCUCAAUGCUCUCCCUGAUCACCGCCCGUCUAUAUGAAUGGCGACCACCUGGGGAAGCACUCAUUAAUUACUUCCCUUGCGGUUUCAUACUUAUGUUGCAAGUUGGUAACGUUCUAAUUGAUUAGUGCGAACAUUCCAAAAGGCACUGGGGAGGUCCUCGUUCGGGAACCAAAUGAGGUGCGAAGCAAUCCACGAGUGCUCCCUCUGGAUAUCGUUCAUCUAACGAACGGGCCACCACCAAGGACAGGCAUGCGCCAAGGCUUCCCUUGCGGUUUGUGGUUUUGACACCUCAUUACGAGGUGCGAACAUUCUAAGACAAUAAAUUUUAAAUGAGGUUUUGUGGUGAUACCUGUUCGGGAGGUGAAUGGAUUCUCUUCGUGGCGGCGCCUCCCGAACGGGGAACAGGCAAUUUUAGGCGAACUCACAGAGCAGCCUACAGGAGCAAGAUAGAAAAAAAUACCUGCUAAGACAAUAGUACACAUGACAGAACAACCAGGGCAAUUUAGCCAUGGUCCUGCUACACCUAAAACCUCAUAUCAGUUUAAGUAAGUAUAGUUGCUUAGGUUAGACAUGUAUAUCACUAAUGGUAAUCUUUGUAUCAAAAGAUGUGAGUGUCCUUCUAAGGAGGGGGUGCCUGACCCUUGCUUUGAUCUCUAUAUCUUGAGUUUCGCACUUUCCUUUUUUAUUCCCUUUCAUUAUUUUAUCCCUUCUCCUAACACCCCUCUAACUUCCAUCCUCUUCUCCCAUAUCAGCCCAGUUACCACUGUUCUAUCCCUUCGUCCAUUGCAGUUUUUUCUUCAUUACUGGAUGAAGCUAGUUCAUAUUAUCAUACUUAUAGCCACUGUCAGACAAUUUGUAUAAAUAUAUUUGUGUUCAGGGUAAAAUCGAUAUUGGUAUUACAAGAAUGUGCUGUAAAGUAAACUUGUGAUGUAACUUACAAUGUUUUCCCCCCUCUUGUUGUUUGUAGGAACUGAAUUAUACAUUGGUAACUGAAUUCCUUCUUCUCGGAUUUCAGAACUGCCAGAUUUUCAAUAUUACGCUAUUCAUGUUAUUUCUUGCAAUCUACAUUUUGACAUUAAAUGUGAAUCUUCUGAUUAUCAUAUUAGUGGUAAACGCCCCAAAUCUUAACUCUCCCAUGUAUUUCUUUCUUAGUCAGUUAUCAUUGUCUGAUAUCUUGCUCACUAUAAAUAUCACUCCAAACUUCCUCCAUAUUAUAAUUAAUGCGGGGAGCAAAAUAUAUUUUGAAGGCUGCAUCACACAGUUUUAUUUCCAUGGUGCCUUAAAUGCUGUAGAAUGUCUUUUUCUCACUGUGAUGUCUUAUGACCGCUAUUUAGCCAUAU